AGCCAAUUCAUAGGGAUUAAUCGCGAUUGUUACUCUGUUUCUAAUCUUACAUUAAGCGGAAAACAUGGAAGAAAAGUUAAAAAACUUUUUUGCCCCAUCGGUGUGGAAUGAUUCGUCGAAUGCCAAGAAACACGACCGUGAGUUUCGUAUCAACCGAUGCAUAAAAACCCUAGCCAACAUUUUACGCUACGAGGGACUGCCACCCCUAGAGGAGACGAAAAAGAAUUUCGCUGCCACACUGUCGGAUCAGUCGAUGAAUGCCAUUGCCGAGACCUAUCUGGGUACGACUUUGAAUAAGCGAGCAUUGCAAAUGCUUGGCGAUAUAUUACGCUCGAAUGUGAACAAACUGAUGGUGGAAGCCGUCAAAUAUUGUAGGCACACUCGAGCCACACAACUAACCGUAGAGCACGUGCAACAGGCUCAAAUCGAGAUGGGCUGCAACCUCUAUAUGCUACACAUUGAUUUCGACUGCGAGGAGAUCGAAGAUCGGAAUAUAGUCAAAAUGUGGAUGGAAGAAUGUCUACUGCCAAUGGGAAACCAAGUUGGUCUUUCAAUGCCAAUUAUCAAAUUGCCCAAGCCAAUGUUAUUGAAGUCGGACAGGAAGCGUUUGAACCGCGAGGAGAUCGUAAUGCUGCAGAGCAUCAGUCGUUAUCCUCUAUCGCGGGGUCAACAGAAGUUCUAUGUAGAGACCACUGAGAAACUGGUGGGUGUCUCGGAAGAAGAUCGUCUCGCAGCUCUAAAGAUUAUGAGCCUCGAUCCGGCGGUACACCAUGUGCUGUCCCAAUUGGCCAUCUUUAUUUCCGAGGGUAUUCGGGUUAAUAUCAAGGAAAACAACUUUAUCAUCUUGACGCAUUUGUUGCGCUUGGUCGACGGUUUGAUGCGCAAUCGCUAUAUCAACCUAAAGCCCUAUUUGCAUCUCAUUUUGCCGGGAGUGGUGUCUUGUGUUGUGGCGAAUCAGAUUUCUGCUUUUCCCUCAGUUGAGGAUCAUUGGGCUACAAGGGAGUUUGCCGCCAGUCUCACAAUGAACUUUAUUCUCCACUUUGACAGCGAUGAGCAGUCUAUUGAGAAGAAAGUUCUCAAAAUAUACUUGAAUGGAUUGGAGAAGCCGAUGUCGUCGUUAACAACAAUUUAUGGCUGCAUUGUCGGCAUUAGCAAAUUCGGCAAGUGUGUCUUCUAUAAGUAUGUGACGCCAAGAAUCGCCUUUAUUUCGGAUCGUAUUGAACCCUUUCUGCACGACGAAUCAUUGGAGAAGAGUGACUUGCGUCGAAUGGCUGCCAACCAAAUAAGACUUCGCAUCGCGAUGGAGUGUGCCCCGAUUUUGAAAUAUCAAUUUGCAACUAGGGCUGAUUAUCCUGAGGUUGGUUUCAAUGAACGCUUAUAUUAUGAGGGGAAAUACAAAUAUGUGGGUAAAUCGAUAUAUCAGGCUGUUAUAUUCAGUCGCAUGCAAGAUGAUGUCUGUGAUUUAGUUCGAGCAGAAGUGUUGGAAAAAAACUAUUCUAUUCAGAAUUAAAAAGCCAAAAAAUUAUUCUCAAUAACU